AUGAUCACGCCUGACUUUUCGGGACGACAUGUCCGAAAUAAACCUGCAUUUGACCAAAGUGACCAUCAAACUACCCAAACAAAGCAACCAGUACCUCGGACGCCAGAGAGCAAAAGGCAUAAUAGAAGCAGACAAAAAGGCCAUAUUUUGAUAGAAAAACAUGGCUACGAAAGACAUGCAUCAGGGGAAAAGUCUCCACACGCGAGGAGACGUGAGAUUCACAAGAAUUUACAUAGUCAAACUCCUUCGUCUUCACCGACGAAACAACAUUUUGAGUUGGCCCAGGAACUGCAUAAUGUCAGUGGAAACUUAGGUUUGUGUUAUGAGGAAUUGAAAAGUCGUUAUAUGAGAGAAAUUGCGAAGGAUGUUGGGCUGAAUACUGUGGAUUCAGGUAUGUUUCUUGGGCAUUUUAAUACUCAAAUAUUAACGUAGAAAACUUAUUGAUAAAGCUCUAUAAAUAGCAUCCUAAUAAUUUUAUUAUUACUGUAUAUAUUAACAUUUAAUAACGUAGAAAACUUAUUAAUAAAGUUCUAAUAGCAUUCUAAUAAUUUUAUUAUUAUUACUGUAUAAUAUUAACUUCAUUAACUAUUUUAACAAUUUUAUUAACUAUAUUGUUUAAAUUAUCGAUGAAUUACUGUUUAUCCCCAAACUCCCAUGCAACAUUAUGUCAGAUCAUUCGCUUAAUUUAAUCAACAACUGGACUCUGUAGCUCAGUUGGUUAGAGCGCUGCACCAGAAUCACAGGGCCACAGGUUCGAUUCCUGCCGAGAGGACCAAAAGUUGCAACUGCUCCUAGUUAGAUGAGGGUCUUAAUGGGGGUCUUUCGGUCUAAAAUUUAAGCCAGUUGUCAGUGCGAUAUAUUGCAAGCUGUCAGUAGUCAGUUACUGCAAAAAAGCUGACUCAUCAUUUUUUCAUCAUUUCUCAGUUGUCAGUUAGGAUAUUUUGUCAGUUGUCAGUCAAAAAUUCAGGCAAAUGUCAGUAGUCAGUUAACCCCAUUCAGACCUUCUUAGAUCUACUAAAUGUAUAAAAUUUAGACUCAAAAUCCCUAUAGCUUCAACAAUUAUAAUUCUAUAUAUCGAGAGGGAUGGCCAAAAUCUGUUUACCUGUUAUAACAAUCCUGUCCGGACCAAAAUCAAUUAUGGUAGGUCAAUUUACUUAUCAUAGGAAAGCUGCUGGCAUUGAAAGACUUGUUUCAACAAUUGAUGAAUGAAAUGGUUCACCUCAAAAGAAUUCUAUCUCACUACAAUAUCACUAAUGGUGGUCAAGAUGAUAAUCUUGAAAAACCUCUGAGAAAUCAAGGUAUAUAAACUAUCACAGGAAAGAGUUUAUUGAGAAUGUGUUUAGGAGGGGCGGGGGGGACCCCAAGAAUUAUUUUUAUUUGUUUAAUGAUCUCUGAGAAUCUUAAAAUACAUGACCUUGCACCUACCUCCACCUACCUAUUGCCUUGGUUGAUGGUUGCACCCACCUCGGCUCAUCAACCCUCGCUUGUCAACCCCCUACUAGAUCAUAAGGUGCUGCAGAAUUAUAACAAUGAAAUAGUUAUUUCAUUUACAGCUAUAGAUUGUACUGGUUGGUCUUAUACAUUUGUUUGCUACAUACAGUUUCAGAUAUUCCUGGUCCAAAUGAUUUAGUUCAUCUGAAAGGACCAAUAACAGAAAAUACAAUCACCACAACACUCCAAGCAAGAUUUAAUGCAAAUUGUUGCCAUGUAAGUUAACAUGUUAAACUCUCUGACUGCUUAUUCUUGUGCGAAUACUUGUAUGUAGCCUGAUUACCCCACCUUCUACUUUUCUUUUUGCUACCCCUUGCUACUUUUCUUUUCAUUUCAUUUCCUUCCCCAUUUCUUUAAGUAGACCAUUUGCCCCCACUCCUUUUCCAUUCUCCCCCCUCUUUCCCUUCCUUCCCCCUCUCCCCUUUCCCUUCUUUCCUCCCCUUCCUCUUUCCCUUCUUUCCCCCUCCUGUUUUCCUUCUUUCCUCCCCCUCCUCUUUUCCUUCUUUCCUCCCCCUUCUUCAUUUCAUUCCCUUUCUCUUCUUUCGUCCCUCCCCGCUUCAUUUUCCUCCCCCCUCCUCUUUCCCUUCUUUCUUCCCCACUCCUUAUUCCCUUUCCCUUCUUUCCUCCCCCCUCCUCAUUCCCUUUUCUGAUCAUUCCCCCCACCUCUCAUUCCACCAUUACCUAAUACCCCUUCUCCAUCUUUUUGCUUCCCAACUUUUUCACCCUCCCCCAAAGGUUCUCUAUUGAUAAACCCUCAUAAACUGUUCUUUGCCAUCUAGACAAAAAUUGGUCCAGUCCAUUUGAUCAUAAACGCAUUCAAUUUCUCUGAAUUUAAAGAUGACACAAAUCCCCAGUAUCUAAAAUUGAUUGUCACCAAAUCACUUGAAAAACUGUUCGAAACGCAAAUACCACAAAUGUUAAUUCUAAGGUUGGUUUAGUGGCUACACAGUAAAAACGCACAAGUUGUUACAGGUCUGCAAACAAGUUGUUACAAAUCUGUUCACAAGCUGUCGACAAGUUGUGUUCGCACUGCUUGUUCCUAGUUGUUGUAACAAGUUUGGAACAAGCUGUUAACAACUUGGAACAAGCUUGAUGGCAUUAUCAGACUUGUUGACACAGUCAUAAUAAACAAGAAUGUUACAAGGUUGAUGACACAAGGUUGUAACAAUAUUGUUAUCAUCAUGACUGUAUCGGACUUGUUGGAACAACCUUGCAACAAGUCUGAUAUUAUCAACAAUGUUGUUACAAGUACUUAACAGCUUGUUGCAAACUUGUUGACAACUUGGUCUUGGGACAAGCAGUGCUUGUUGGCAGACUUGCUACAAGAUGCGAGAUUUUUGCGUGUGUAUAUACUUGAGUUCAAAAUUUACUUACUAUCAUUUAAACCUAUCAUUUGGACUUCACGUUUGACUUUCCAGUGGCGAAAGUGGGAGUGGCAAGUCAUAUACAACGCAAUUAUUAAUCAAAGAAUUGAUGCAUUUGUCGUGUGGACCAUCUCAAACAGAUGUGGUGAAGGUAUUGUUUGUUUUAGAGUCAAAUCUGAUAGCGUCGUUCCUAUUCUACAAUACGCUGCCAUGAAACGACCUGGAAAAGAUAUCUUAGGGUUUAUAUGAUCCCGCUUAAGCGAGAUUCAAUGAAGUGUGAAUUAUUUUGAGCAAUUGAAAUACGUUUUUCAGCCAUAAACAAAAGUUAGAUAACUUAAUAAUAUUGUUGAAACGAAAUUAGGAACGCGCUAGAAGUUAUGUAGUGGAAGAAGACGAUUAAUAGCAUUCAACAACAUUUGUUUUUUGUCUAAAACAUGGAAUUUCAUACAAUUUGUAACAAGCAAUUUUGUUAGAUCAUGAAAUGCGACUUAUUUCAAUUGCUCAAUAUACUUCACACUUCAUUGAAUCCCGGGUAAGCGGGACCAUAUAAACAACCCCAGCUUAAACGUGGUGAUCCAGCCUCGGAUCUGUCUAUGCUUUGUAAAUAAUAUAUUGUUUUCUCUUUUUCAGCAGUUGGAUGCCUCGGUAACAGUGCUAAAUAGUUUUGGGAAAGCAAGAACAGUGACCGGCCCAGAGUCAUCUAAAGUGGUUUGUACUUAUCCUCAAGGGUGGGGUGACUACAAAAUUUUUGUAGUUCGCUAUAACUACAGCUACUUCAAAAAUAUGUAGUCAGCUACAACUACUGCUACUUUUGAACAAAGGUAGUUCGCUACUGACUACAGCUACUGCUUAAAAAAUGUAGCGAACUAUUACGCUAUAUUUUUUAGUUUUACUGUAUUUGGAGCAUCUACUAACUCAGGUUGAAAUGUAACCUAUAACAAAUCGACUUACGAGUAAGUAAAUACAAAGCAAUAUGUUUGUAAUAACUACAGUGUUCAAGAGUGUAAAUUGACUAUUGAGUAUUGAUUUUAAGCAAACCGUGUCUCAAUAUCAUGCUAUUCUAUCAAGUUGCUAACAUUUUUAAAAAGUAGCGAAUAGCGAUUUGCUGUUUGAAAAGUAGUCAACUACUUGGCUACUUUUAGGCAAAAUGUAGUUCGCUAUAACUACAGCUACUGUUUUAAAAAAGUAGUCAAAAACUACUGGCUACUUGAAAAUUGUAGUUCGCUACAGUAGCGAACUACAACUACUUCGCUACUACCCACCCUUGCUUAUACUGUAUAUAAUUUCCGAUGACUGCCGGAAAUGAUUUUUUUUACUCAUCCGGAGGAAAUUGUUAACAAAAUAUUUUCACAGGAAAUACUGCAGGAACUUUUUGUCAUCCUAUAUACUGGGAUGCCAUAUAAUUUACUUAUUGUUUACAAAAGCGUUUUGCAAGUCGAUAAUGUCUUGUGCUGAGAUUGACGUUAUCUCGACGUACGUUGCCUUAUGUUCUCAGAAAUCUACAUAUGCAGGAAAUUUUAUAUUUGACUUACACAGGAAAUUUUUAUUUUUGGAUUUUGCUGUCAGGAAAUGAAAUAUAUUUUCUGGACAUGUACUCGUCAAUGAUUCCCUCAUUGACGAGUAAAAGCGUCUGACGUUAAGUUUAAUAGCAUACCCUGACGUGUAGAUUGGGCGAGAAGAAUAAUUUUAUUGACAAAUAUUUGAUAAAGUCGAUUUGUUUAAAUUUUAUAUUUUUACAGGCCAUUUUGUAUGAAUUUUAUUUUAACAACCAAGUUGUCCAUAAAACGAACAUCAGAUGCAUUCCGCUUAGCAUGGUAGGUUUUUAAUUGAUUUUAAAAUAUCUUAUAAAUAAAAAUAAUAUCUUAUAAAUAAAAAUAAUAUCUUAUAAAUUCUCAUUUUGAAAUAUUCUUUCAAGCAGUCCAGAAUUAUUCAGCCCAGAGAAGAUGAAAGUAAUUUUCGGAUAUUUUAUCAACUUUUUGCUGGGCUCAGUCCUAAAGAAAGAGGUAUUAUUCCACUGUUUUAGCUUUGUGCCCUUAUCAUUUGCUCAUUUCAUUUUCAAAAAUAUUGUUGCAGCCAAACUACAACUACAAACACACAGUGCUCACGAGUUGCGAUAUUUGUACAAUUAUCCUUCUCAAGACCAAUCUGAAAUUGAACUUCUUCGGAAACAAUUUCAAUCGUGGAAGGUUUGUGAAUAACAUUUUCACUGCAGUCUUUUUUAGUGUUGUGUGGUAUGGUAUGUUGUAGUGUGGUAUGGUGUAAUUAUAGUGUAAUUGUGUAAUAUUGUAGGGUAUGGUAUGCCAUGGUAUGGUAUGAUAAGGUGCAGUAUGGUAUGGGAUGGGAUGGUAUAGUGUGGUAUGGUAUUGUGGUCAGAUGGUGUAUGGUAUGUGAAUAUCAUUUGGGUGAAUAACUGUCUUUUUUAGUGUUGUGUGGUAUGGUAUGGUAUGUUGUAAUGUGGUAUGGUAUAAUCAUGGUAUAAUGGUGUAAUAUUGUAGGAUAAGGUAUGCCAUGGUAUGAUAGGUGCAGUAUGGUAUGGGAUGGUAUAGUGUGGUAUGGUAUUGUUGUCAGAUGGUAUAUGGUAUGGUAUGAUGUGGUAUGGUGUGGUCAAAUGAUGUGGUAUGAUAUAGUAUGGUGCGGAGUGGUAUAGUAUGCUCAGGUGUGGUCAUGUGAAAGUCACGAUCUUAUAUUACCAUACAAUGUUUCAGUCAGCUCUACAGAUCCUUGGUAUUCCCUUUACCGACGUUACCAAAGUACUCGCGGCCAUCUUACUUCUUGGAAAUGUACAGUUCACAGAAAAAUCACCACGAGUCUUAGAAGUACAAGGCGGAGAUUUCGGUUUGUAUUCUAAUCAGUUGUCUUUCUUCCCACUCCGUUCAAAACCGACCUAGUCACGUGGGAAGGCGUGAUCAGCGAGCGUCCCUUGCUAGGUCGUUUGUUGCCCUUAAUUCAUAAUAACACUGGCCUACCACGUUUGACAUGUUUCAUAUCGCUCCAUUUUUCUAGAGCUGAAGGCGGUGGCUAUACUACUCGGUGUGCCAUACAUUUCUCUGUUUCGUGGUCUCACUAAGAAACUUAAAGUUAUGAAAAGUGAUGCGACUAUACAGUCGUGUUCCGCAACUCAGGUAUGGUAUGGUAUGGUGUAUGGUAUGAUGACGUGUGGAAUGGUAUGGUAAUGAGGUGUGGUAUGGUAUGGUGUGGUAUGGUAUGGUAUGGUGAGGUAUGGUAUGGUAUGAUGAGGUAUGGUAUGGUAUGGUAUGGUAUGAUGAGGUAUGGUAUGGUAUGGUAUGGUAUGAUGAGGUAUGGUAUGGUAUGAUGAGGUAUGGUAUGGUAUGGUAUGGUAUGGUAUGGUAUGAUGCAUGAGGUAUGGUAUGAUAAGGUAUAGUACGGUAUGAGAUGUGGAAUGGUAUGGUUGGGUAGGAUAGGAUAAGGGUCGAGGUAUGGUGAGGUAUAAUUAGGUACUGUAUGUUUUGGUGUGGUAUGAUGUGGCACGGUGAGUGGUAUGGCAUAUGGUACAUGUAUUUAACCCUAUAAACCAUUUCCAGGCUAACUCCAAUCGCGAUACUCUUGCCAAGUCAUUGUAUUUGCGUAUGUUGUCAGCAAUAGUACGCCGUUGUAACUGUUCGAGAAAGUCAACAUUAUCGUCUGAUUCGAGCUCGAGUGAAUCUUUGACAAAGUCUUAUGAUCGCCUGACGGAUGUCAACAGAAGCCAAGGUAGAUAUAUUUGUGGGUUUGAGUGAGCUUGUCAGGUCGCUUGGCCAACAAGGGUUGACCCUAACUGGACUUCUAAAUAACAACCUGCAAAAAUUUCUUCUAACAGUUUCAGGAAAAAACAUUGACCCAAGUGAACUUGUUGCUUCUCCCAAUUUUGAUGGGCAAGUUCUUGGAAUUGCAGAUCUAUUUGGUUUUGAUAGAUCUAAUGUAAGUCAGUCGGUAUUAUCUAAUGUCCAUUCAAUGAUUCUUUUGGAAAAAAAUUAUUGCAUAUACACAUUGUACAUAUUUGUCUUUUUGUUAUAGUGCAACGGCAUGGAACAGAUCUGCGCCAAUCUUUGUUCGGAAACAAUACAACAUUUUUACACGACACAUAUUUUCAAAAGUGCCGAAGGAUUCUGUGGGUAAGACAUUUUAAAUCAAAGUUGAUGACAUAUUACCAUGUUAGGAAAUUUUAACCACAGUGUAUUAGGUAGUAUAGAUUGAAAAUAUUUUAUUUCCUUUUGGCAGAGAAGAAGGAAUUGAAAACGAAGUCGAUGUUGAUUACCAGGACAACUCGGAAUGUAUUGAGCUGUUGACCUGUCAGGUGUGUGGACUGUGUUAUAUACGAUAAUAAUAUGUAUUUCAAUUUAUUGCUUAGUGAACAGAAUUAUAUUUUUCAGGAAACGGGAGUAUUAACGUAUCUAGACCGAGAGACUUGGAAGUAAGUUUUUAAAAAAAUUCUGUUGAGCCAAAUUUAGUUCAAAUUACGUAAAUGUGAUUAUUUAUAAUAAUUUCUUUUUGCUCAACAGAAUUGUUUUUAAAUUGUCAAGAUAAUUCAGUAUAUACCAAGAGAAAUCAUUUUAUGAAAUAAAAUUUGGGUGUCGAGUUAAAUUACUUUAUUAAUUAAGGUCAAAAUAUCCACCAUCUUGAAAUGUCAUUGGGAAAAAAAUUAAAC